GUCGAACAUAGCUACCUUUCUCUUAAAUCUCGCGAUUAAUUCAUUCCCUUUCUUCAUUUAUUAGGUAUAUCCAAACAACUAACGCGUCUACAUGAUUCCUCCCCUUUCCUCAUCCUUGGAUCACCGGCAGCCCCACCUCUUUAGCUGGUCGGUGGCAGGGAUCCCUGUCUCACCUGCAAACCGCCUGUAAAUCGCUGGCACAACUCCACCUCGUCGAGUCGCGCGAGUCGUGAUCAGGAAACCCCAACCACAGACGAGCCUUGUGUGAAAGAAAAUCUUCACACCGACACGAAAACCACCCUACGUCGAACCGAGCUCGACCCGCUUGCGAUAUAUUCCGGUCCGAGUCCGGCCACGUUUUUUCGUUUUCGCGCGAGACAGCAUGGUGCACCACACGAAGCCCCCUUUUCCCUCGUCGUGUCGAUAACACACACACACACACACACACACACGUCCCGCCAUGGCCAUACCUCGUCCUCGCGGCCAUGCAUUGGCAGACCUCAUUCCGCCAGCGGUCGCCAGCAACCCUCUUCUCCCACCGCCUCCUCUCCGAUGCUGCUGCGGACACGACGAGUGCGUCUUUCUCAGCCAUAACCAAUCCGUCCUCGACAGCGUUGAAAGAGAUGUUCAUACUGCCGCUAAACUUGGUCAGGCGCUCCUCGCCCGGCACGAGGCCUAUAUGGCCGAUGCCGAGCGCGACCACCAAGACCUCACUGCCCGGAUCGAGCAGCUCGAGAUGGAUAAACGAGAACUGCAGGCCGAAAACACGCGUACUGCCGAGGAGAACCGCGUCUUGCUGGAUCAGUUGGAGGCUCUGAAUACCACGAUUCACCACGCCGAUGUUCGCAUCCAGACCCUCGAAGCCACGUUGCUAUCUUCCCAACAGGCUGUUCGCCGGCUCGAAGGCGCCGCUGCUCGUGCAGAGGCACUGGAGCGUCAUGUCGCUUUGCUCGAGAGGGAACAGGCGCAACUGCAGAAUAAUCUGAUCGCCACGGAAUCCGAAGCCCGGUCGACCAUGCAGCGCUGGAAAAGGGCAGAGCGAGGCAUCACCGAACUGCAAGGCCAACUGGAACGCAUGGAAAAGGAAGCCAGGGAUGAAAGGGAACGCCACGUCGAGGCUAUGAGUCGCAUGGAGCGCCAACGUCAGAGGGAGGUUGAACUCAAUACCGCUGCUGGCCGACUCAAAGGUGCUGCCGCCGCCAAGGCCCUCGACAAGGGUAACAAUGGUGGCAGCGUCGUGUCGCACUUCCUUAGGGACCUGCUCCAAGAUAACGCGAAUCUGCAGCUGGGCAUGGCCGAGCUGCGUGAGAUGCUGAACAACUCCAACGACGAGAUCCAGGCACUGCGCUACCAGCUCAUGCACCACCAACCUGUUGCUGAAGAAGACAUCAUGUCCAGCACCGUAUCAACCCUUCGCGCCGAACUCCAACCAUCACAGCAGCAUGAUAACUACUAUGAUGGGAUGCCCACGACAAGACUUUCACAAGAGUUCCAUAUCCAUCACCACUACCAUGUGUCUCAGAAAGCCGAGCCCCGGAGGCCCAGAAGGAGACGUGGACAUGUCACAUCCAGCGCAUUCAGUCUCCCUGGAUCAUCAGCUCCCUCAGUCGUAUCGCAUUCCCACCGCGAUUCAGCCUCCACAUUUCCACGGCCGCCAUCCAACAGGUGGUCACUUUUUUCCGAUCCGCCGUCUGAUAUGACAGCUUCCUCGGUGCCGAGCUCACCACCCUCAGCGCAUGGGUACUCGGUGUUUGACAGAGUCCCAGACACCGACGUCCCCAGCUCCCCGACAACCAGCAUUGAUCCCAUGUCGCCGACUUUCGUCAGGACAGGCCAUGUCAAGCGUCCGUCUGAAGCGUCAAACAGGAGCGUGUCGUUGCCGAGCCACUUGAUUCCUGCGCCUCAGCUUCCGUCGCUGCAUUCCUGCCUCCAACCAGCAACACCCGAGCCCAUCGCGGAGGAAAAUCACGAGGAUGAAACAGACCCCGAUAUAGCACAAAUUCCAACACCACCAGCGAACGAGUCGCAGUCGGAAGAACAGGCAUUACCGCUACCAGACCUUGACGAUUCAUCAACGCCGCGUCUCCGUCGCGUCUACUCCCACGAAUCCAUCAUGUCCCUCACUGGCGGUCUGGACAUUCACACCCUCAGAUCUCGGCCGAGCCAGCUCACCCUACGCCCCCUGGGUGGUGCGGAGGUCGUCUUCACGGGCGUCACCGCAUCGUCCACCAUAUCCCGGGUAACCACGAAGCGAAGUGCAAGUGUGCUCCGCGAUAGCCUCGCCGCACUCCCUGCAGCCUCGACGCCUGCCAGGAGCUUAUCUCCGUCAAGCGCAACGGAUGAUUCCUCGGGCAAGCUGGGACGCUGGGUCAGCUGGCGGCCAUGGCGGGGCGGCGGCAGUCCAAGCAACACGGAUGGUACUGUUUCCUCGACCAAAAAGCCGGACAAGGAGAGCGGCGUAUUGCAGCGUGUCCCGGGAAUCAACCAGCCCGGUGCUAUCCCUGGUUUGCAAGAAUAUCUGGCCUCUCACCAAUACCCUGUUCCAAGCAAGGUGCUGCCAGACAUGGUGGAUAUUGACGCAUUGCGCGAAAGUCUAGAAGAAUCAAAGGGAUGACAGACAGGUCGGAACUGACACUCGAGAAGCAACCGUUCGGCUCCAUAUUAUCCCCCCUUUUAUUUAUUUUCUUUAUUCAUUUUCUUUGUCUUAUUUUUCUAUUAUCAUCUUAUUCUAUUUUGGAUUUCACGCUUUGUUCUGGCGUUUGGGGGGUGUCGGGAAGGAUAUCUUGGGAGGCCUCGAGAUCUGGAGAUACCCUUUACUGUUCGUUGCAAUUUUUUUUCUUUUUUUCUUCUUUUUUUUACAAUGCAUGCAUUUGCCUCAUUGGAGCGAGUUGGUUGUCAAACUUGUCUUUUCAGCAUUCCACCAAUUUGGCAUUUUUCGUCUGGUCAUCGGCAUGGGAUAUUCAUUCUCUUCAUAUCACUGCAGCAAUUUACGACAUGAAUACAUAUCGCACAAUUUUGUUAUCUCUUACAGCAUACCAUCAUGGCAUGGCGGAUCGUUUUCUUC